AUGCCUCAAAUAAAUCCAGAACAAGUACCAAGAUUAGUUGCUUUAGUAAACGAUGGGCGUGGUAAACGUUACACCACUCGUGCAGUGGGAGUCCAUGAAGCAACUGCUCGUAAAGCAAUCCGCAAGUACGAACAAACAGGAAGCACUGCUCGGAAGGUGGGUUCUGGUCGCCCUAGAAAAACGUCUCCAAGAGAUGAUCGUUUCUUGAAAUUGCGGAUUUUACGGAAUCGAUCAAACACUGCGGUAAAUGUUCAGCAAGAUCUUCGCCAAAUUCGUGGUGUUGCAAUAAGUAAGCAGACGGUAUGUAGACAUCUAAAAGAAGUUAAUUUAAAAGCUAGGAGACCUGCAAAAGGUCCUAAAUUAUUGCCCGAACAUCGUGCUGUUAGAAGAAAUUUUGUUCAAAAUUAUGGAGAAUGGAAUAUUUCUGAAUAG